AUGGCUUCUGUAAGACUACUUUUCAUCAAGUUCAACGUUGUGAUUGCCAAUUCCAGAAAGCUUAAGAGCACUUCGGGCCGGACGGUCAGCUUGUCCCAAUUCAAGAACAGACAACCAGUCGUGCUCUUCUUCUACCCCAAGGCUGGCACACCAGGAUGCACCAAACAGGCCCAAAGUUUUCGCGACGCCUACAAAGAGUUCAAGAAGCUUGGGGUUGCAGUGUUCGGCAUCAGCGGCGACGAUAUGGGCGAUCAGAAGGGGUUUGCCAAAAACCUUGGACUACCUUUUCCCCUCCUGGUGGACAUAGGCGAUGAGCUCCGGCAGGCUCUGGGGGUAAAAGCCGACCUUUUUGGCGCCCUUCCCGGACGCCAAACCUUUGUAUUCGACAAGAAAGGGACCUGCGUCUUGUCGUACAACAACCAGCUCCUGGCCGAGUCCCACGUCGGGGAAGCCCUGAAAGCUGUCAAAAAGCUGUAG